AUGUCGCAGAAGAGGGAAUUUGAAGAAGGGAAAGCUCGAAGCUCACCGGAGGAUAAACGUAGAAGAUUCAAAAGUGUGGUUCAGGAGGUGAUGAGAUUGCAAACUGUCAAACAUUUUCUCGAACCCGUUCUCGAGCCGUUGAUUCGUAAAGUGGUGAAAGAAGAAGUUGAAUUGGCUCUUGGAAAGCAUCUAUCAGGCAUCAAAUGGAUUUGUGAGAAAGAGAUUCAUCCUUUGGAAACAAGGAACCUAGAGCUAAAGUUCUUGAACAAUCUAUCACUUCCUGUGUUUACAUCAGCUCGGAUAGAAGGAGACGAAGGCCAAGCUAUACGUGUUGGAUUGGUCGAUCCUGCAACUGGCCAAAUCGUCUCCUCCGGUCCAGCUUCAUCUGCGAAGCUUGAAGUCUUUGUCGUUGAAGGUGAUUUUGAUAACUGGACAGCUGAGGAUAUCAGGAAUAACAUUGUAAGAGAGAGACAAGGAAAGAAACCUCUCCUUAGUGGGAAUGUAUUUGCGGUUCUUGAUAAUGGCAUCGGUGCUAUGGAUGAAAUUUCAUUUACAGAUAACUCUAGCUGGACUAGGAGCAGGAAGUUCAGGCUUGCGGUAAGAAUGGUGGAUCAGGUUGAGUUCGUCAAAGUCAGAGAGGCAGUCACAGAGUCCUUUGUUGUUAGAGAUCACCGUGGAGAGUUGUACAGGAAGCAUCAUCCUCCUUCUCUAUUUGAUGAAGUAUGGAGAUUGGAGAAGAUAGGGAAAGAUGGAGCAUUUCACAAACGACUGAAUUGCUCAAGCAUAAACACUGUCAAGGAUUUUCUAACAUAUUUCCAUGUGAACUCUUCAAAACUCCGGCAAAUUCUUGGUACGGGUAUGUCUUCAAAGAUGUGGGAGAUUACAUUGGACCAUGCUCGGUCAUGUGUUUUGGAUAAUAGCGUCCACGUGUACCAACCUCAGAAGAAAACUGCUGUUGUCUUCAAUGUCAUAGCUCAAGUUCUUGGACUGCUGGUGGAUUUUCAGUAUGUUCCUGCUGAGAAGUUAUCUGAGAUUGAAAAGGCUCAAGCAGAGGCGAUGGUGAUUGCUGCACUGAGUCACCCAAAUGAAGUAAUCUCGUAUGAUGAUAAGUCUUCCAUGAUGAGGAACUUUCUCAACGUCCCACCUUCACAAACCAGUGCUGGGAUUGAUUAUUCCGGUAUGAGUUUGACUAGUAUGGAUGGUUAUGGUUUCGUGGGGACUCUUCACAACGCAGCAGAAAGUAGUGGCAAGUACAGUGAUGAUGUUGACAUGGAAGUUACUCCACAAGGCUUGUAUGAAGACUUCAGUCUCUGGAACUGCUCUCAGAUUCUAGGCUUGGAAGAAACACAAUCUGAUUUGCAGAGUGCGCUUGACGGUUUCAUGUCACAGAAGAAUGUUGUGAUCGGUAAGGCUCACAGCAGAAGAAGAUGGACAAAGCUUUUCAGUGUCUCGAAAUGGCUCUCUGUUUUUAAGAGUGUUACGGUUAGGAAGAAUAUCUGA